UGAGUCUCAGGAAGUCCUCUCAGCUCACAGAUGAGUGCUGCAAAGGUUGAAGAGGCUUCCAUGGGCAUGCUGAAGACAGACCUCACUGCCCCAGACUGCCUGCAGGAGGGAGAAAUGGGUAAAAAACUCCAAGCAAAAUGUCUCGGAAUCAUCUCCGCUGCAUCUUGUGUUAAACUUUACUGCUGCUAUGGAGUGAUCAUGGUCCUUACUGUAGCUGUAGUUGCUCUUUCUGUUACUUUGUCAGUGAGAAAGAAAAAACCAGUCAUGGAGAGCUGUGAACCUUGCUAUGCUGUAUGCUCAAGUGGCUGGAUUGGAUUUGGAAAUAAAUGCUUUUAUUUUUCUGAAGACAUGGGAAACUGGACAUUCAGUCAGUCCUCCUGCAUAGCACUAGAUGCCCAUCUAGCUCUAUUUGACAGCUUGGAGGAACUGAAUUUUCUGAAGAGAUACAAGGGGGCUUCUGACCACUGGAUUGGACUACACAGAGAGUCUUCAGAACACCCUUGGAUAUGGACAGACAACACUGAGUAUAACAACUUGGUUCUCACCCGAGGAGGAGGAGAAUGUGCCUACUUGAGUAACAGGGGGAUCUACAACAGCAGUGGGGAUAUACAUAAAAAAUGGAUUUGUAACAAGCCCAACAACUACACCUUACAGCGCCCACUAAUUGUAAAUCCCGGAUAGGGAAUGUGCCAAAGCAUGCGUGAGAAACUGAUGCUCUGUGACCUGUUAUCUACAGUUGCUCCUCUACUCAUAUCUACCAAAACUAUUAUCAAAAUUCAUCAGUAAUCACACUGACAGCAAAGAUGAAAACUUGCUUAAAGGAUCAUAGAUAUACUGCAUAGAAUUUGGAUAGAUGAUUCUAAAUCAAAUAGGUGUUUGGGUAUAAGUACUGAUAGGUAAAACUAAAGUAUAAACAAAUCUGUAUUAGUGAGGUACAUUUUGUGAUCAGGUAUGAACUUUUUUCAUUGGUCCUUGCUAUGAAUUCAGAGGCACUAAAAAUGUGGGGUGACUGAACCCAUGGAAGUUUAUUCUGUAAUCACAGGACAGAUAAUAAUUGGCUUGUGGCCUCCAAACAUUAUAGACAGUAUAGUCAUCAUUCUUUUAAAAAAUUCAAUGACCAAUCUGAAAGCAGAUAGAGACAGGAUUAAAAGCAAUGCUUUACACUAAGAUUUAAUAGCAUUGUCAAAUAAUUUUACACUUUACUUCUCAGAUUUUUUAAAAAUUGAAACAGACUAAGAAUAUGUUACAAACAAAUUUCAUUUUCCAAAUUUAACAGUUUUAAGAACUCCAUACAUGAUUAUGCCAUUUGAAUUUUAUUCUUUAAUAGGUUCUUUUCAGAUGAGGAGAUAGCUGAUUACUGAAACCCCUUCAGAUGCCUAAUCUUGCAAUCAUUUACACAUUGUUAAAUUUUAAGGACAAAAUAUUUUAAAUUUUUGGAUCAUGUGCUAUACUGUACUGAUGAGUCCCAAAAAGGACGAAAUAACAGUUCACAAACAAUUUCUCUGUUAACUUUCUUCUUACUUUGUAUAUGGAUUAAACCUUCUCACGCAUGCUAGGCAAACACCGUACUACUGAAAUUUACCACUAUCCCUUUUUCUAAAUUUUGUUUAAUAACAAAGUCACUCUGUAAACCCCAGAAGGCGAUAUUCCUGAGAUAGCCUGAGACAACCUGUGGACUUGGCAACAUAAUGCUAAAAGCUUUGACAGACUUGUGCUAACAACUUAGUGUGAGAGACCAAAAUGUGGGAAACCAGAACCUCAGCAACUCUCACCCUGAAGAUCUGGCUGACCCUUUGAUGGGAGUUAUGUCAUCCCUUCCUUCAUGUCUCUACUUGGAGCCUGGGACUGUUUAGAUAAAGCCAGCAUCACCUCCUCCUUCAUGUCUCCAUUUGGUUCCUGGGACUGUUUAGAUAGGGCCGGCACUCCGAGAUAAGCUGCAAGAUGUUUGAAGCCUGCAAUCAGCAUCCGCCCCAGAUGUCUAUCCCUUUAUCUGUACUUUUAUUAUACCCUCCCGAACCCUCCCUAUUUGUUUCUCAUUGUGUGCUUAUAACCAGGCUCCUAGACUCCAUUAAACAGACCUUGACAACUCUUUGCUUGGUCUCGCUCCCUUUUCUCUGACCAUUUCUCUUCCAGGCCUCAGUCCUCCUAGACCCAUGGAAUAACUAAGUCCUGCUGGACGGGACAACUUAGCAACAAAGCAUCAAGAAGUCUGGCAUGGCAGGCUUUCCCUUUAUAAGCACAAACUCUUAGUAAACUUUGGGCAUGAUCAGA